AUGAAUUUAGAUGAAUUUAUUAAUGAAGAAGAUAUAUCAUACGAAGAAUCAUUGAGUAAAGAUUUAAAGAAUGGUGAAACAUGGUUAAGUUAUUAUAAUUUUAAAAUUAAUAGUUCUUUGGAAAACAAAAUUUUUAUAUUAAAUAGAGCUAUUGAUGCGCUUGGUUCAAAAUCAAAAUCUUCGACUGAAUUUUAUAAAUUAUACUUGGAGUUGUUACUUGAAUCAAAUGUAUAUGAUGCUGAACCAAUAUUUGAAAAAUGUAUAAAACACCACCUGGAAGUGAAAUCAAUUUGGUUAAUGUAUUUGAAUUAUUUGGUUAAUACGAAAAUUCAUAAAAUUACAGAGAUACGGAAGUUGUUUAACAAAGCUUUGAAGAAUUUACCAAUUGAUGAUCAUAAAGAAAUUUGGCCCUUGUUUUUAAAGUUUGCAGAUGAAGUAGGUGGUAAAACUGCAAUUAAAAUAUAUCAUAGAUAUUUGAAAUUUAUAAAUCCAAAAAUUUUGAGUGGUCAGCUUGAAGGACACAUGAAUAUACUUGACUUUAUUGAUAAAUUGAUAGAUUUUGGUGAUUUUCCAGAUGAGUUAUAUCAAAGGAUAUUUGAAUCUAAACAAGAGUAUAAUACUUUACCCAAAUCUAUAAUACAGAUAUAUUACAAUUAUAUUGAUUUAUUAAUUGAGGGAGAGACUAAGGAUGAAGCGAAAGUGGAGAAAUUGAUUAACAAACUAAUGACUGAGUAUCCUGAUCAAAUAGGUAAAUUGUAUUUGAAAUUGAUUGAAUUUUAUGAAAUAAAAGGUAAUACAGCAAAGAUACGAUCUUAUUAUGAAAAAUCAUUGACUCAAGUUAAUAAUCUAUCUGAUUUUAUCAAAUUGUAUGAUAAUUUUAUGUUAUUUGAAGAAGAGAAUAUCGAUGAAAAUGAUGAAUCGCAAAUUGAAAAUUAUGAAAGUUUAUUAAACAACAGAGAAAAAUUCAUCAAUGACAUGUUUUUAAGAAUUAACGUGAAUAAUCUAGACUAUUGGUUUAACAGAUUUAAAAUAUUUGAAAAUGAUCUAAAGUCAUUAAUUGAAGCAAUUGCAACAGCUAUCAAAAAUAUUAAUCCAUUAAAAGUAACCUCACCUAUCAUGCAUGAGAAAUUGUCACAAAUAUGGAUUAAAUAUGCUGAAAUUUAUUCCAAAAAUAAUGAUUUCAAAACUGCUAAUAUCAUAUAUUCAAAAUCUGUAACUUCUCAAUUUAUAAAUUGUGAUGAAUUGGCUGAUUUAUAUAUUCAUUGGUGUGAGCUAUUACUUAGUUCAGAUGAAUUUGAAGAAGAUGAAUCUGUGAAAUUAUUAGAGAAUUUAUUGUUUAAAGAAUUUGAUGAAGUUAUAAAUUAUAACGAUUCUACAAUAACAGUACAAAAGAGAAUUAUAAAGUCAAUUAAGUUAUGGUUAUUCUAUAUUGACUUGCUAGAGUCAUUUAUUGAAUCUCCUGAUUCGAUAUAUGUUGAAAAAGUUAGUGGGGCAUAUAAUCAAUUGAUCAGAUUGAAAAUAAUCACCCCCAAGAUUCUUAUACAAUAUAGUGAAUUUCUCGGAAAGAACAGUGGUGUAAAUAAAUCAUUUAGUAUACUUGAAAGAGGAUUAAAGAUAUUUAAUGAUCCAGAGAUUAAGUUUGAAAUUUGGAAUGUUUACAUACCCAAAUUUCUCAAACAGGAUAAUUCAAUAGAGAGAGUAAGAGAUUUAUUUGAAAAAGCAAUUAAUGAAAUACCACUAUAUUCAAUGAAGCCAAUAUUAUUGCAAUAUGUCGAUUUUGAAGAAGCAAAAGGAAACAAAAUGAAAGCAUUGAAGAUAUUAAUCAAUUCACUAAAUUCAUUUUCAUCGACAUCAACAUCACCAAAACAUAAACAAUUAAUAAACGUAUCUAAAUUUGAUAUUUACAAGUUGUUAUUAUCCAAACUUUACAAACUCCAAGAUGUUGAUCAGUUUAGAAAAAUUGCAACACAAGCAAUAAAUGAUGAUCAAUUAUCAAUUAUUCAAAUUUCAUACAUUGUUAAACAAUUCAUAAAUUUUGAAACUACAAAUAAACAAUAUAAUAGAGUACGUGAAUUAUAUAAAUUCAUAACUGAAUUGAUUGAAGAUAAUGAAAUUUGGUCAAGUUGGGAAUCAUUUGAAAUUGAAAAUGGUAGUGAAUUUACAUUUAAGGAAAUUAUUAGAUAUAAAAGAAAAUUACAAAUGGAUGAAAAUAAAAGAAGAGUUAUUGGAGAUGCUAAUAAGGCUAUUGGAUUUGUUAAGAGUACGACUACAACUUUUGAUAAAAAUGAAAAUCCUGAUGAAAUUGAUUUGGAUAUGUAA